AUGUCAUUACUGCCUGCUGAGGCCAUUCACCCAGACUGUGCCAUUAUAUCCCAGCACCUGAGGGCUCGGGACAACUGCAGUCAGAUGAGGAGGAGUGAGAGUCAGAACCACAGCCACCACACUGGGUGCAAAACAGAAUGGGACGAGAUUGGCUGUUGGCUGAGAGCUGAAGUCGGGCAGGUGCUCAACGUAUCCUGCUCUGAAGUUUUUCACCAUUUCUCCAGCACUCAAGGCUAUGUUUACAGGAAUUGCACUGCCGACGGCUGGUCGGAAAUGUAUCCACCGUAUGAGGACGCCUGUGCCUUCAGUGAUGACAGCGGCCCUGAUGCUGAGACAAACUACCUCUCUAUGUUCAGGCAGGUUUACAGUGUGGGCUACGCCACUUCGCUGAUCUCCCUCAUUACAGCCAUAGUCGUUUUGACAGCAUUCAGAAAGUUCCGUUGCACCAGAAACUACAUCCACAUCAACCUGUUCUCCUCCUUCAUCCUAAGAGCCAGUGCAGUUUUCAUCAAAGACGCGGUGCUGUUUGCUGAUGAGACGUUGGACCAUUGCUUUAUGUCCACAACAGCCUGCAAGUCAGCCGUGGCUUUCUUCCAGUUCAGUAUUCUUGCAAAUUACUUCUGGCUGCUGGUGGAGGGCAUGUAUCUGCAGACGCUGCUCGCCCUGACAUUUGUCUCCCAGAGGAAAUACUUCUGGUGGUACAUCCUGAUUGGAUGGGGGAUGCCUUCAACCAUCCUCAUUGGAUGGGUGUUAACGAGAUUCUUUUACGAUGACAGAGGUUGCUGGGACGACACGGACAGCGUUGGGAUUUGGUGGAUUAUUAAAGGACCAAUCACAGUCUCACUGCUGGUCAACAUAGUCAUUUUCAUCAAUGUGAUCAGGAUUCUGGUGCAGAAGCUGAAGUCUUCAGCCAUGACCAGCAACAAUGACACUGGGCAUUUUAUGAGACUGGCUAAAUCCACACUGUUCCUCAUCCCUCUGUUUGGGAUGCACUACACUGUGUUUGCCUUCCUGCCUGAGAACACGGGUGUGAUGGCCAGACUUUACAUCGAACUGGGACUGGGAUCUUUCCAGGGGUUUGUUGUGGCCCUGCUUUACUGCUUCAUGAAUGGAGAGGUCCAAACAGAGCUGAAGAAGUGGCUCUGGAACUGUCACAAUCAAAGUUAUUUGUCUCCAGCUAAAAGAAGCAUCACCACAAUACAAGCCAACAAAGACUUCAGAAGACCUCCCUCUAGUGGCAAUGUCUCGUCAUUAUGAUUUAACAGACAAUUGAGUUAUAAAAUCAGUACAGUAUAAUGGAAGAGAGAAAAUCUAACAACGUACAGUACUUCAGAGUGACUCAAACAACGUGUCAGCAUGCAGCAACACCUCGCCUGUUAAAACCUAUUGUUAAGAUAAUGAAGCUGUGUUUCUUAACUGAAACACUAUGGCCUUAGAAAUGAUCAACAUGACGCAGUGACGUAGCGACGCAGUGGAGAAGAAAAUCACCAAAAAGUGAAGUUUACAGUGUAAAUAAUCAGCAACUGCGCUGUACUGCAGUCAAAGUCGACCUUUCACCUCAAAUCGAAGGAGCUUCUCCAGUGUUGAUGCUCAGACUUUUAACAUGGGGUCUGAUUGAAUUCCAGUUAAGUGCAAGACUUUCUUUUUCUUUUUUUUUGCCAGAUUUGAGACUGAAUUCCAGAUAGACCUAGUCUGCACUUAUUCGGGGUACAUUGUGAUUGUGUGAGGGGUGAGGGCUGAGGAAGCAAAUCUGUAGUAUGUGUGUAAGGAGUAUAUAAUGCAAAGUACACCUUCUUUUGAUGUACAUUUUAGCUCAAGUUAUUCAUGUAUGCACUUAUUCUGGAAAAAAGACUUGUUUUUGUUUUUUUCUUAAAUGGCAUUUCAAUCAAACCAUUGACCUUCCUUUAAGACAACCAAUUACAGGGGCACAUAAUUGUUGAUAACUAUAAAAGUACUUCCUCCACUAGACUAAUAGUAUAUGAUUUAAACAGGAUCAACAUUGACAUCACAAAAUGACCCUCUAGUCCUGCACAACAACUUGCCACAGAUAGAUUUAUUUAUUUUUUUCUUCUUUCAAAUAUACACCAAGUGGGACAUGAAUGUUGGACACCACCUUAACACACGACGCACUGUCACGGUUGAAGCAAACGGAUGAAACUUUACACUGUCACAUUUAAAUUAGCCUACUUACAGUGUUUCACAUGCGCACAGAGCACUGUCUUCCCAGCUUUAACACACACCCACACACACACACACACACUCGCACUGUGAACUGCUACGUGAACAUUUACAAAAACUAGGUCACAAACAUCACAGGCCUUCAUCAAGAGGUUCUCCUGUGUACCAAAAAUAUACAGUGUAUUGUUAUGUAGAUAUAUAUAUUUAUAUUCAGGAAAAAGACAUCAUUUGUACACCAUGGCAAAGUCACAGCAGGCAGAGUUUCAGAGCAGCUGAGCAACAAUGGUACAUUCAAAUAUUCAUUUGCAAUUCAGAGUAAAUUGUAGUAUAAUUGUACUACAAACUUAACACCAAACAAAUAAAUUGGCUCAAGAAGCAAACAUGUGAAAGAAAUGGCAUUUACACACAGAGAAUACUCACAUUUAGGAAAAAAAGUAAUAACAUGAGCAGCUGGUAAAUAUGUUCAAAUACAAAUGAGAGCUUCAAGAACAACGGGCAUAAGGGAACCAGCUUGAAUUUUAGUGACUUUUAAUGAAAGAUAAGGGAAAUAAACCCUAGAGCUGAAGAAUAUCUGAGACGAGUACAUUUUAAAUUAUAGCCACAGAAUAUUUUGCAGGUUUAACAUUGGCAGUAACUCUAUAAUAUACUCCUGUUUACUUCAAUUUAGAAGUAGAACCUGUAGCCAGCAUUUUAAAAGAAACUGCAGUUUCUGCAGAGUCAAACGAGCAAUUAAAGAAUUCAAAUUAAUUUUCAAGACAACCCACGCCCCCCCCCCAAAAAAGUCACAACCAAAUCACUAGUUAAAGUGCUUAACUGCUUUUCAGAAUAACGUAUAUGCUUCUCUGCAAACACUUUUUUUGUUUUUUGAGCAAAAUCACAAACCAUGUAGGUUACUGAAGCUGUGCUGAUACCUUGUGGUCCACACAUGUACAGCAAGACACGGUCACAUUAGGAGUUUUUUUUAGUCCUCUUUAAUCAAAGAGGGAAAAAAACUGUAACAGCUUUGAGACAUGGUCGUUUCCAUCUGAGUCGAGUUCAGACUCAGAGUGACAGCUGGUGAUACAAGACCUGAGCAGCAGCAAAACACAAGUGUGUCUUUAACUGCUACUAACCUCCACCUACUCAGGUAUGUUU